CCUCCCACCCCUCCUGCUCCCCGGUCUCCGUCUACCUCGGGGAAGCUGGAAGAGCACAGGACUGGGGAAUGAGGCUCUAAGCAGGGCAUGAGCCCUGGGGGCCGGUGGAAAAUGAGGUUGGCAUCCCUGCUGCGGCUGGUGCUUCUGCUUGCCUUGCCUAGGAGCCUGGGGGGAAAGGGGUGCCCGUCCCCGCCCUGCCAGUGCCACGAGGAGGACGACUUCAAAGUCACCUGCAAGGAUAUCCACAGCAUCCCCAGCCUACCGCCCAGUACGCAGACCCUGAAACUCAUAGAGACUCAUCUGAAAACUAUUCCUAGUCAUGCAUUUUCAAAUCUGCCCAAUAUUUCCAGGAUCUACUUAUCUAUAGAUGCAACUCUGCAGCGACUGGAAUCGCAUUCCUUCUACAAUUUGAGUAAAAUGACUCACAUAGAAAUUCGGAAUACCAGAAGUUUAACUUACAUAGACACCAAUGCCCUAGAAGAGCUCCCCCUCCUAAAGUUCCUUGGCAUUUUCAACACUGGACUUAGAGUAUUCCCUGACCUGACCAAAGUUUAUUCCACUGACGUAUUCUUUAUACUUGAAAUUACAGACAACCCUUAUAUGACUUCCAUCCCUGUGAAUGCUUUUCAAGGACUGUGUAAUGAAACUUUGACACUGAAACUGUACAACAAUGGCUUUACUUCAAUCCAAGGACAUGCUUUCAAUGGGACAAAGCUGGAUGCUGUUUACCUAAACAAGAAUAAAUACCUGACAGUUAUUGACAAAGAUGCAUUUGGAGGAGUAUACAGUGGACCAACCUUGCUGGAUGUGUCUUACACCAGUGUCACUGCUCUGCCAUCCAAGGGCCUGGAGCACCUGAAGGAAUUGAUAGCAAGAAACACUUGGACUCUUAAGAAACUUCCACUUUCCUUGAGUUUCCUUCACCUCACACGGGCUGACCUGUCUUAUCCAAGUCACUGCUGUGCUUUUAAAAAUCAGAAGAAAAUCAGAGGAAUCCUUGAGUCCCUGAUGUGCAAUGAGAGCAGGAUCCAGAGUCUGCGUCAGAGAAAAUCUGUGAAUGCUUUGCAUGGCCCCUUCUACCAGGAAUAUGAGGAGGAUCUAGGGGACGGCAAUGUAGGAUACAAGGACAAUGUCAAGUUCCAGAAUUCUCACAGCAACUCUCACUAUUAUGUCUUCUUUGAAGAACAGGAAGAUGAAGUCAUUGGUUUUGGCCAGGAGCUCAAAAAUCCCCAAGAAGAGACCCUACAGGCUUUUGACAGCUACUAUGACUAUACUGUGUGUGGCAGCAAUGAAGACAUGGUGUGUACCCCUAAGUCAGAUGAGUUCAACCCCUGCGAAGACAUCAUGGGCUACAAGUUCCUAAGAAUUGUGGUGUGGUUUGUUAGUCUGCUGGCUCUUCUGGGCAAUGUCUUUGUCUUGUUUAUCCUCCUUACCAGCCACUACAAACUGACGGUCCCACGCUUUCUCAUGUGUAACUUGGCCUUUGCGGAUUUCUGCAUGGGCAUGUACCUGCUCCUGAUUGCCUCUGUAGACCUCUACACUCACUCUGAGUACUACAACCACGCCAUCGACUGGCAGACAGGCCCUGGGUGCAACACAGCUGGCUUCUUCACCGUCUUUGCCAGCGAGCUGUCCGUGUACACGCUGACAGUCAUCACCCUGGAGCGCUGGUACGCCAUCACCUUUGCUAUGCGGCUGGACCGGAAGAUCCGCCUCAGGCAUGCCUAUGCCAUCAUGGUCGGGGGCUGGGUUUGCUGCUUCCUUCUUGCUCUGCUGCCUUUGGUAGGAAUAAGUAGCUAUGCCAAGGUUAGCAUCUGCCUGCCCAUGGACACGGAGACCCCUCUGGCUCUAGCGUAUAUUGUCCUUGUUUUGUUGCUCAACAUAGUUGCCUUCAUCAUCGUCUGCUCCUGUUAUGUGAAGAUCUACAUCACAGUCCGAAAUCCCCAGUACAACUCAGGGGACAAGGACACCAAAAUUGCCAAGAGGAUGGCUGUGUUGAUCUUCACUGACUUCCUGUGCAUGGCCCCAAUCUCUUUCUAUGCUCUGUCAGCACUUAUGAACAAGCCUCUCAUCACUGUUACCAACUCCAAAAUCUUACUGGUUCUAUUCUACCCUCUUAACUCCUGUGCCAAUCCUUUCCUCUAUGCUAUCUUCACCAAUACCUUCCAGAGGGAUGUGUUCAUCCUGCUCAGCAAGUUUGGCCUCUGUAAACGCCAGGCUCAGGCAUACCGGGGUCAGAGAGUUUCUUCAAAGAACAGCACUGGCUUUCAGGUCCAAAGGGUUACCCAGGACAUGAGGCGAAGUCUUCCCAACAUGCAGGAUGCCUAUGAACUGCUUGAAAACUCACAUCUAACUCCAAAUAAGCCAGGCCAAAUCUCAGAAGAGUAUAAGCAAACAGUUUUGUAAAUUGACCCUAUGCUACUCACAAUGGUAUGGGGAUUUGUAAAAGGCUUCUUUCUUGAACAUGCAUCCUCAUCCCAUGAUUGCUCUCUACCUACAGCUGGUCUAAGCCAACCCUUGUGCAGGGGAUGUUUCAUGGGACAAGAGUUCAUCUCUGGAAAGUGACUGACAUGAACCUAUUCAUUGCCUCCAAGGAGGAGGGCAGAUUACUGGCAUAUCUGAAUCUCAAGUGAUAGCAAAAUAAUCUAUACUUUCUGAUAGACUUGCCUGAUGCUACGUCUAGAGAUGACACUGCAUAAGAUAUUCAACAAUUAGGAACUAAACCAUGUCGACAUUGAUCGACUCACUUUUGCAUAAUAUUUCAUAGUAAAUGUUUAGCAAGUGGCAAAUUCUAUUAAUUUGACUGAUGACCAGAAAAAAAUUGGCCCAUGUCGGAUCAGUUCAACUUCAUGUUCCCUGACACAACCAAAGAGAGUUUCAAUUCCUUGAAACUGAAAAGUCAAAAUUUGCAAGAAAUAGCAAUUGUGAACCAUGAAGGAGGGGGAAAGGCUUGGUUUUGAGGGGUGUUUUGUUUCGUUUGUUUUUCCCUUUAGAUUCUGAAACUACUAAUCAUCUCAUCACAAGGAUCUACCUGAUGUGACCCAGCUGUUAUGUGCUGCCUGGAAAAACUGGCAAGAUUUCAGCCUAUGUGACACAGUAAACAGAAUUGCUUUUCUUGACUAGCCUCAUAAUAUAAAAAAAAAUGUGAACUUUACAAAGAAUUUCUAAGUAGCAACAAGUUGGAAUUAUGGAAGGAACACACUCAACCACCUGUUGCUUUCUAAAGCAGGUUGGACACCAGUUAACUGUGGUACUUUGGGCAAAUCACAGGGCCUCAGAAGUUUG